AUGUUGGGCUUGGCUUCCUUUAUUACUUAUGUCAUGAUUGAAAAGUGUAUCUUUUCCUUCUUCUUUUAUGUGAACGUCUCCUCUUUAUUUUUGUGUGCGUCUACUGGGUCAGACGUAUCUUUUACCAAGUUGUAUCAAUAUCACCGAAUCGUCAUAGCCACCGGAACCCCCCAAACCGUCCGGUCAUUCGGAGCCGAUCUUCACCCCCACCGCAUCGUCAAGUCCGGACCUCGGCUCGCCGUCCUGCAAGUCCUCACAUGCCCAUAUCCAGCAGUUCAGCUUGAGCCUUACUCCGCAUUUGCUGGCUACGUCGUAUAUGCUUGCCAAUCCCUUUAUCUAGUACUCAUGUCUCUGCUGUUUCGCGCCAUCAGGCGCUCUUUGUCGCGACAACCUCUACGUGAUACCAAUUACGCCCCUCAUAGAUGUAAUCAUAUCCCUAGACCUUACUUGCCUCUCAUGUAUUUCCGACAAGAGUCAUCGUCAGCAAAUAAACCUCCGCCUUCAGUACCACGACCGAGCUCGUCAGUACUCCUUGUGUCGCCAGCUAAUGAGGUCCUCCUGCUUCACCGCGUCCAUACUUCUUCUUCGUUUGCCUCAGCCCACGUCUUCCCGGGUGGAAACUUGGACCCUUACCAUGACGGUGCCAUCCCUGAUGAGGGAUCACCAGAGAGGCAUCAGGAUGGGCUCGCAUACAGAAUAGGUGCAAUCAGGGAGACGUUUGAAGAAACAGGUAUCUUACUGGCGAGGAAGAACAAUGAGCUUAUAAAUCUGGACGUCAAGGACAGAGACGCUGCGAGGAAGAUGAUUCAUGGGAACCAAGUCAAGUUUCUGGAGUGGCUUGAGUCAGUGGGCGCUGAGCCAGAUCUUGAUGGCCUCAUUCCGUUCACACGCUGGGUCACACCGGCAACCAACAACAAGCGCUUCACGACACAGAUGUAUCUUUAUAUGCUCCCGCAGUCACGUAGCGAUAUGCCAUCUGAGAUGCUCAUCCCUACACCCGACAAUGGAGUCGAGCACACAGCCGCGCUCUUCGCACCAGCGCAAUCUUUCUUAUCUCGGGCCUCGACCAACAGUAUCAUUCUCUUCCCGCCACAAUACUUCCUCUUAACACUGGUUGCCAAGAUUAUAACGAGUUCUUCAGAAGGCACGGGACCGCAGCAAAUUUUAGAACAAAGGGAGCAGCUGCUAUCGUUUCUUAAACAAGUGCCCACGACAGAGACGGAGAAGGGCAAGCAACACAAAACAUCCAUGAUCCCCUGGGCCAAUAAAGUUAUGAGCCCACAUAACCUGUUUAUUAGGAAACAGGAUAAGAGGAUUGUAUUAGGACUGGAUAAGCCAGGACCCGAGCUCAGAGAUUCAGAGAGAGGAGGGGACUGGGAACGUGUGGUUCUUGUCAAUUUCGGCAAAGGGGGACCGACCAACGUCGAAGUAAGGGGGAGAGAAGAGGUCCUGGAAGAAGAGAGACAGAAUUACAAGUCCGACAGACUUCCUCUGCAGCGGCAUAAGAGCCACGAAAGGAAAGAAACAGAGCGGCUCGUCCGUACAAGUGGGCAUAUCUCAGAUACAAGUCAGUAG